AUGUACACACCAACAAGAGCCCUCGGCUGGGCAGUACUGCUCGCGCUGACUUCCACAGUCGCCACCGCCUUUCCACUGUACACAUUCAACAACGACGCCGAGGGCCGCACACUCUUCCCGCGCGCUGACGGCAACAUCACGGCCUCUCUGCAAGACUGCCUCCAGUCGAGCGGGGGUUACGAGCGCGCGUACAAUGCCUCGUCCUCGUACUCGACGCUUUCCUCCUCGUACAACCCGAUCUUCGACUACAAGCCGUUCGUCAUCGCUGUGCCCUCGACCGUCGACCAAGUGUCCUCCAUCGUCCGGUGUGUUGCUGCGCAGAACGGCACGCAGAAGCUGACGCCCAAGUCGGGCGGGCACUCGUACGAGGCUUACUCGCUCGGCGGGCACGAUGGCUCGGUGGUCAUCGACCUGCGUCUACUCGACAGUGUCAGCGUCGACACCGCGUCCAAGCUAGCUACUGUCGGCCCCGGUGUCCGCCUCGGAACGCUGGCGACGCAGAUCUGGGACCAGGGCAAGUUUGCGCUCCCGCAUGGGACCUGUCCGCUGGUGGGUGUUAGUGGACAUGCGCUGGGCGGCGGGUUUGGUUUCACGACGCGUGCGUGGGGGUUCUUGCUGGACCGCAUCACCCAGAUCAAGAUGGUCGAUGUCAACGGAACUGUCCAGACUGUUGAUAAGGAUACGAACACCGACCUCUGGUGGGCGCUGCGUGGAGCGGGGAGCAACAACUUUGGCGUGGUCACCGAGUUUACCUUUUCGCUCCUCGACGGGCCGACGAGCACCUUGAACUACGCGUACAGCUACAAGACCAACGCCGACUGCGCCAAGGCCAUCGUCGCCCUGCAGAACAUGACGCUCGCAACCGACGCCGAGCAAGGGUUCGAACCCGAAUUCGGCGGCGAGCUGCUCAUCGCCGGCGAGGGGGGUGGCGAUUUCGACGGGAAUGCGUGCCAGCUGAGCGGGCAGCACAUCGACACGACGCAGAGCGACCACGAUGCGCUCAUCCAGCGUUUCCACAACAAAGCCGGCAUCACUUCCGCCGAGUCUUCAGUCCGACCGUUCGACAACUGGCUCAGUGCGCUCGAGGACAUCAUGGGCUCGCUCAAUGUCACGUCGUCGGGCGUCAACUCGGACCACGAGCAGUUCUACGCCAAGUCGCUCGUCCAACCCAGCGUGGCAACGUACGACUACGACUCGGGCUUGGCCCUUGUCGAGAAGCUCAACUCGUACGCCGGCCUCCAAGGCACGGGCAACAGCAUCUCGUUCGACUUCCUAGGCCCUCUCAGCUAUCCCUCGGCAAACGUGAGUAGUGACGAGGCGAGCUUCAAUGCCCACGGCUCGAGCUUUGUAUACCAGUUUUACUCGUACGGCUUCCCGGAUAACAGCAAUGCCGACGGGCAGCAGCAGGUCUGGCAGGCGUUUGACGAUCUGGUCGAGACCGCCAAGAGCAGUAACAGCGAUGCCGCGUGGGGAGCGUAUGUGAACUAUAUCGAUGCGAGGCAGGAGGAUUGGGCGCAGGCGUAUUAUGGCAACGGCGUCGCUAGAUUGAAGGCGUUGAAGGAGGUGUGGGAUGCUAAGGAUGUGUUUUGGUUCCCUCAGGGGCUGUCUAGCGCGUGA